AUGGCUAUCCCAUGCAUGAUAUUGAGCCGUACUAUCCCCUUGAGGAGCAUCUCACCACUUCGCAUUACCUCCAGGACAAUGUCUUCCCAUUCAAACAGCAGUCAGAUGGACCAGAACCUCUAUAUUUCCACCAUUGAUGCUGAGCCACUUCAACGCUAUCGGCAAGGCGGUUACCACCCAGUCACUUUGGGGAAAUGCUUGAAAUUUGGAAGGUAUAAGGUGUUACAUAAACUAGGAUGGGGAGGCUACUCGACUGUUUGGGCGGCGAGAGAUCAAAGGUUGUGCAAGCUGGUGGAGCAGACGUAUAUUGCGGUCAAAAUUUCUGUUGCAGAACGUGAACAUAAUGGGGACACUCAAGAGCUCCAAACUUUGAAAUUGCUUGCAUCUCAUCAACCUCUCCCGAACCACACAGUGCACAUGCUCGACCACUUCGAUCUAAAGGGCCCAAAUGGAUCUCAUAAAUGCCUAGUUUACGAGCUUCUGGGCCCCAACGUUCCAGACAUAAUUGAUGCAAGCUUUCCAGAUGGGAGACUUCCUGGCAAGCUCGCCAAAAUCAUUGCAAAGCAAUGUUUGAUUGGACUCGAUAGUUUGCACCAACUAAAGAUUGGACAUGGAGAUUUGCAUACCCGCAAUUUGGCCUUCGCUAUGCCUCACAUAGACAAUUUAACAGAAGAAAAGUUUAUUGAGAUCCUAGGAAAACCAGAAGUUGGCUAUGUCCAAAAACGCGAUGGGAAAUUCCUGGAAGCCGGUGUCCCCGAAUAUGUUGUGAGACCUGCCUCAUACGGGAAUAACUCUUGGAUUUUGGCUCAAGAUGUCAAAAUAAUCGACUUCGGAGAGUCAUUCUUGCACACUGCUCCCCCCCGAAACACUACAUACACCUUUAUCUCUCCGGGCACCGGAAGUUAUAUUUCAAGAUCACAUUGA